AAAGUAAAGGGGAUAAUGACGCAAAAAGAAUUUGAAGCAAGAGCGUUGUCAGGGCAAAGGGUCUUGGUCUCUAACGGACACCGUAGCUGCAGACCAACUUAUCAGAGACAGAAAAAUAGUCCGCUUCUACAAGUGUUUUGCAGUAUGGAGGGGGAGUCCUUUUCAGCCCUGUGUACCCCUGCUUUGGUGGUGGAUGUGGACAAAGUGAAGAGAAACGCACAAAGAAUGAUCGAGCGCUGCCACAAACUGGGAGUCCAACUCCGACCGCACAUGAAGACCCAUAAAACCCUUGAAUGUGCGGACAUCAUGACAGGUGGAUCGAGACGGUGCAUAGUGGUCUCCACCUUGGCAGAGGCCAGUUUCUAUGCUGAGCACGGCUUUGAUGACAUCCUAUAUGCAUACUCUCUUCCCUUUGACAAGGUGGAGCGCUGUGCUGCCUUGUCAGAGAGACUGGAUCUUUUCCAAGUUCUGCUUGAUCAUCCUGAUGCCCUGGACCAGCUCAAAAAGAGGCCCCUGAGUGGUGGCAGGCAGUGGUACGUGUGGCUAAAACUGGACUGCGGCAAUGGGAGAGCUGGCAUCCUGCAUUCAGAGCCUGAGGCACUCCAACUGGCCCAAGCCAUCGCUGAGACAGAUGGGGUGGAGCUAACAGGAGUGUACGCCCACUGUGGGAACACCUACAACUGUAGGGGAGUGGAGCAAAUACAGGCUGUCGCCCAAGAAACCUCCAACUUUACGCUGCAGUUCAUGGAGAGGUGAGAUAAUUGAUUAUAACAGAG